CCAAUGUAUGCAGUGAAUUUCACUGAGGUUUCUGAAUUUGUAUUCCUGGGACUUUCUGCUUCCAGACCAGUGCAGCAUUUCCUCCUUGCCUUCUCUACAGUGUUUUAUGUAAUAAUUGUCCUGGGAAAUGUUCUUGUUGUAUUUACUGUGAUGCUUGAUUCUCAUUUACAUUCUCCCAUGUACUUCCUUUUAGGAAACCUCUCGUUUAUUGAUUUAUGUCUUUCUACAUUAACGGUUCCUAAGAUGCUUUCUGACUUGUACUCUGAUAGAAAUACCAUUUCAUUCCAGGGAUGUGUCUUUCAGAUAUUUGUUCUUCAUGUCCUGGGUGGGUCUGAGAUGGUGCUACUAAUUGCAAUGGCCUUUGACAGGUAUGUGGCCAUAUGCAAGCCCCUCCACUAUCUGACCAUCAUGAACCCCCGGAUGUGCAUUUUGCUUUUGUCUGGUGCUUGGGUUAUUGGUCUCCUUCACUCAUUGGCUCAGUUAGCUUUUGUGGUUCAUUUGCCUUUUUGUGGUCCUAAUGAGAUAGAUAGCUUUUACUGUGACCUUUCUCAAUUUAUCAAACUUGCCUGUGCAGAUACCUAUAGAAUGGAAUUCAUGGUAACUGCCAACAGUGGGUUUAUUUCCACAGGCACUUUCUUCUUAUUGAUGAUCUCCUACAUCUUCAUCCUGGUCACUGUAUGGAAACGCUCCUCGGGUGGUUUGUCCAAGGCCCUCUCCACUCUUUCAGCUCACAUCACGGUGGUGGUUUUGUUUUUUGGACCAUGCAUCUUUGUCUAUAUGUGGCCAUUUCCCACAGUAUCAGUGGAUAAAUUUCUUGCCAUUUUGGAUUUCAUGAUUACACCCAUUCUGAAUCCUGCCAUAUACACCUUGAGGAAUAAGGACAUGAAGACGGCAAUGAGGAGACUGGUUAGUCAUGUACUGAGUCUGAGGAAAAUUUCCUUAAUAACUUAG